GUCUCAAGCAGCAUCUGCGGCUAAAGAGUCUCGGUAUUUGCUCAUCAUCGUUCCUAAAGCAUCGUGAAAUACAGCCGGAGUUCUUCGCCAGAGGAUCUCAACCUGUGUGUUUCUUAGACACCUGUUAAAGAUUAUUCAUUGCAAAUUGACAUGGCUAACAAUAUCUGCAUCAAGUGAAGGAGAUAGAAUACAAGUAUUACUACUCAGUUUAGUAGGACAGUGAAAAAAAAAACAUGGCAGAAAAGAUGAUCAUCGGAGGGGAAAACCACCGUUGCGACCAAGAGAUAUCAAAGUCAGAAUCUGAAUCUAGAGAAUGGACCUUGUUUCUCCCGGUUGAUAUGGUAAUCAACAUCUUAUCAAGAUUGUCAGUGGAACUGCUUCCAAGCUGUCGACGUGUCUGUAAAUGCUGGUGCGAAAUUAUUGAUAGUCCUCCUUUCCUUAAAAAAUCUCAACUUGUGGUCCUUAAACACUAUGGUCACCAACAGAGCCUACUAUAUUCAUUGAAACUGGAUCUCUCUAACAAUGUCUUAAUAUCCAGUGAGCGGCGGAUUGCAGGAUUUGCAAAUUCAUAUGUUCGCUUGGUUUCAAACUACCUCGGUUAUGGGCUGUUCCUCUUUAAAAACAAUUCUUGUGUUGAGGAAGCCUUUCUCUAUAAUCCCAUCAAAGGAGAAGUGCUAAUGCUACCACGAGCGACUUCGACUUCGACUUCGUACACACCAACUAUGUUGGACACCAUUAGGAAGUCCUAUGGUUUAGGAUUUGACAGUACAACAAACCAAUACAAGCUAGUUUAUGUUUGUGAUGUUGGAAAGUGGAAAGGAACACAUAUGGAUAUUAGUUUAGUGACUAAAGUUCUCACUUUGGGCUCGAGCGAAUGGCGGCAGAUCUCUGAUGUUCCUCCUUGUUGUAUUGGUAAAGAUUCUGUGGCUGUGCCAGCAUCUGAAGUCAUACACUGGAAACCAUUGAAAAGUAAGGGUAUGAUUGUUUCCUUUGAUGUUAGAAAGGAAAAAUUCAGAGUGACUCCUCUGCCUCAUAGCCUCCUCAGACAGUAUGAAUUGUUUAGUUGGAGGGAAACCCUGGCUUUAACAGACGUGUCGUCUUCGACUGACCAUCUUGAGAUAUGGGUAUUAAAAGAUUACGACAACGAAAGGUGGGCAAAGGAGUAUAGAAUAAGUACUUAUCGUUCGUGGCGAGAUUCACCACCUUUUUGCGGAGCUUGGGAGGAUGGCAUGAUAUUUAUUUAUGCUAAUGAAUUCUAUUAUUAUGAUCUGAAAACUGAUGGUGUAACUCCCAUGUAUCAGCCCAGAUGGUGUUCAUAUAGAUGGGACGGAAAGAUGAUGAGUUAUAGCAUAAACCUGCAGCUCUCUCUCAAGAACUAUGGGGAUUUAGUCAAGAACUCUGCAACUCAAAGCCAAGAAGGAGAUUAUUUUGAUCUGGGUAGAUCAACCAGAUGACAUCACUUCCAGUUUAGAUCAGCUAAGAUUAAUGUUAUGGUAUGGUGUUUGGUCUUUCAAAAUUUCUGUUCUUGUCACUUUAUUCUACUAUUUUUUAUUAGAUUUCAGCAUAUUCUGUUUAAUCUUUGCUGCAAGUGUGGAUGAUAAGGGUUCAUGCUCCUGCUUACUAGAAACUGGUUUUGUAACAAUCAAUUUGCUUUUAUUAGAUUUCAACUGUUCUGAUUGC